AUGAGCACCGAUCACACAAGUCCCGCUCGAGUAGAGGAACAGCCUCCGCCGUUGCCUCCCAGGCGGAAUGUCAACGCUAUGGCAGAGUCCAGAGGCUUGCAAGCCGAAGCCACCACAGCAGUAACCCCAAUGGAAAUCCAAACGCUAUCGUAUCCUGACGGAUCUCGGGGAACCUUCUCUACACCAGGAAUCAGAUCCGCACCUAGCCCUAUCAGCAGCGGCUAUGAAUCUCCCGGGUAUAAAGCUAGUGUUUCGAAUGGAGAGGGGUUCGAUGAUGCGGCAAGCGUUCUCAGCUUUGCGCCGACGAUGCGCCCAGCGGGUGAUAUCGCUAGCUUGAUGGCCGCUGACUUCCACAAGCACAGCCCAGCAUGGCAACUGCUGCACUCACAGUCUGCCACUAUCAAACCCUUUCAGCACGUUCGUUCUAGCUCUCAUGACAAACUUGCUGGCUUCGACCAAGAGUUCCAUGACAUACCUAAGCAAGACGACCGGAAUUUCGAAGAAGAGCAGAGACUAUCGCUAUGGACUUCGAAGCGAAAACAUUACAUGAUCUUGUCUUCUGCGGGAAAGCCCAUAUGGAGUCGCCAUGGAGAUCUCGAUCUUAUCAACUCCUCUGUUGGCGUCAUACAAACAAUCAUCUCAUUCUACGAAGGCGCCAAAAAUGCCCUUCAAGGGUUCACGGCUGGCGGCACCAGGUUUGUGGUUUUGACUCGUGGCCCGCUACAUUUCAUGGCCAUUAGCAAACUCGGAGAGAGCGAAGCGCAACUGAGGUCGCAGCUCGAUGCACUGUACAUGCAAAUUCUGUCUACCUUGACCCUGCCGACGUUGAAUAACAUCUUUGUCCAUCGUCCAUCGUCGGAUCUGCGGAAGCCCCUCCAAGGCACCGAAUCGUUGCUGUCGUCAUUGGCGGAUAGUUUUACCCUUGGAUCUGUCUCUACUCUCCUUGGUUCUUUGGAAUGUUUAAAAUUGCGCAAGUCCGAACGGCACAGCAUCAACAACAUUUUCCUUAAACUGCGAAGCGAAAAACUUCUCUAUGGCCUCAUCGUGGCCGGCGGCAGGCUUGUGAGCGUCAUUCGGCCGCGGAGGCACUCGUUGCACCCCAGCGACCUAUCCUUGGUAUUCAAUAUGCUGUUUGAGUCGGACGGCGUCAAGGGUGGUGGGGGAGAAAGCUGGAUACCCAUAUGUCUGCCAGCAUUCAACAAUAACGGCUAUCUGCACAUGUACGUGAGCUUUUUCGAGGAUGAGCACCAAAGUGGGACAGAGGAUCCGGAGCGAAGCAAUCCGGACGCCGCAUCUGAAGGAAUUGCCAUGGUUUUGAUAAGCACCGACAAAGAAGGCUUCUUUGAUUUGAAGCAAAUGCGCGAUGGGGUUGCGAAAGCUCUGGCCAAAUCCGGUAGCCUGGAGGUGAUUCGAAAAGCUUUACGAGCAGGUCGACCUUUGGUGAGACAAGUUGCGCCUGGAAGUCAAAUCAGUCAUUUCGUAUACAAGUCUCGCGCCAACGUCCAAUUCUGCAUGGCGUCCCUGCAACCCUGGUUCGUCAAGAUGGUCGAUCGACGAAGACUGAUGUCGCUAUACCACGAGCUGCAUGCCUCGGUACACGCUAAGCACGCGCAUCUUAAGGUUCUGCAUUGCUCGAGCGAGGAAGCCACGGCUCUGGCAUGGAUCACGCCGGUUUUUGAAUUUUACUGUGCCGGAGGACCCAACAUGUCCAGAUCGGCCAUGACGCAAGGGGCCAACAAGAUUAUACAGUGGUCAAAGAAGGAGGAACAGCGCAUAUUUAUCAUUGGCGGUGGCGUAUUUUAG